ACCGUGUCCGUUGACCACAGAUCUCCCUCUCUCUCGGCCAUCACAACUACGCCAAGAUGAAACUGAUCGUGCUAUCUCUGUUGGCAGCAACAUGCUCCGCGGCUCCGCAGCUUUACCAGACGGUGGCAGGAACUGUGGCCAGUCCACAGUGGAACCUUCCGGCUGUUAUGAAGAUUCCUGAACCAGGUGUAAACUUGGGAAUGGUAUUAAGCGCCCCUGCCCCUGUCCCCGUUGUGAAGGCCGCCCCUGUCCCUGUCCCUGUUGUGAAGGCCGCCCCUUCCCUUACCGUCGUUGAAGCUGCCCCUGUGGCUGUGGCCCCUGUUGCCCCGCUGGUCAAGAGUGCAGCCAUUGUGGCUCCUGCUGCCCCUGUGGCAGUCGCCCCUGUGGUCAAGAGCGCUGUCCCGUCACUGUAG